AAUAAUUUUCACUGAGUAAUUAUCCACCAUGCUGUAUGUAUUGAACAGUGUAUUUCUUCUCUUGGAAAGGGAGGAGAUUUUGAAUGGAAGCAGAAAGCAGCAUCACGGUCCUCAGAUGACUGUUUCCCUGGCAACACAGAGCAAGCGCAAGCGUGUGUAUGUGUGUGUGUGUGUCUGCGUGUGUGUGUGUGUGUGGAUGGUGGGAGGGUAGCAGAGAGAGGGAGGUAUAAAACCAGUGAGCACUCCUCGAUAAGGCUCACAAUUCUGAGCUCACUGCCAACUCUCUGAGAGAGUAACAGAGAGAGAGACGGAGAAAAAGAUAGAAAGAAGAGAGAGGAAGAGAGGAACAGAGAUAGACUUAGAAAGAAAGACUGAUCAGUAACAGAACUCUUUAUUUACUCUGAGAGAGCUCAGAAUUUACUCUAAGCACAAACCUUCUAGCCACAAGGCUUCUCUGCUGAAGAGGUAGUUCAGUAUGCUCCGACCGAAGGACCUGUGCCAGGGCUCUGGCACAAAGACCUUCCUGGACGCCAUGCACAGCGGCAAGCUGCACCUGGCCCGCUUCGUGCUGGACGCGCUGGACGGCCGCAUCAUCAACUCCAAGACGGAGAGUGGCCGCACGCCACUGAUGUUCGCUGCCAGUCUGCAGGACUCCUCCGCCAGGUCAAAGUUCACACAGCUGCUGCUGGAGAAAGGGGCGGACGUGAACGUGAAAGACGAGCAAGGUCGCACCGCCCUCAGCCUCGCCUGUGAGCUCGGCUACCUGGACGUCGUCAAGGUGCUGGUCCAGUUCAACGCCGACCCCGAGAUCACGGACACCUGGGGGAACAGCGCCCUCAUGUACGCUGCCUUUACCGGGCACAACCAGGUGCUCGAGUUCCUGGUCCGAGCCUUCAAGAGGCUGGGGCUGCGACUGGACCUCACAAACCGGGCCGGGCACUCUGCCAUUCAUGUAGCCAACUACUUUGGGCACAGCCAGUGUGUCCAGGCGCUGAAUGGUCCUGGGCGGAAAGAUUCGGGACUUGGUUUGGGAGAUUCUUGUAAAGACCCAGAUGGGGAGCCACAGGGGCCAAACAAACUCCCUAAACAGGUUCUUGAAAGGUUCUCCAAGCAGUUUCACAGUAAAAAUGAGGAGCCACUGCCAGCGCUGUUCCAGAGACAGGUGCAUGUUAGGGAAGACGGGUUUCGGACCCGCUUCAAGCGCCAGCCCCCUUCCCCAGAGAGACUUGCUAAUGGACAGUGCCCAAGCAGCCCCUCCAAAAACGGCUUUGGAGAAGAAGAUCAGAACACUUUAUUUAACACAAAACAGAUUCAGAACUCUAUGCUGAGGGACACCAGGGUGGGGAAAACCACAGACUUCAGUCAAGAGAGAGGCACAAGACAUGACAUGGGGGACAGACAGGAGGGGAAUGGGCACGUUCCCCUCUGGGGCAAAGCCAAGUCAUUUAAUCUAGAACUCCUUACUGCCAGAAAACAGUCCUAUCAGGGUGAUGUGCAGGACUUGCGCCAUUCUGCCAGCAAGUUCAAGCGAGCUUCGCUGCAGGACGAGAAAACUUUGAUGAAGAUCGAGUACCUUGAAAAGAUACACAAGACCCGUCAGUCUGCUAUCAAUAAGGACAACCCUAUUAAACUGGCGCCACUUUCAAACGGCAGCAGUCACUUCCAAGAGGAAAACAGCAGCGAUGACGACGAUUCAAAAACAGACAGGAAAGAGGCUAAAGGCGCGUCUUUUUUAAUGAGAAGGGAUGCACUCAAACGCGGCAGCCUUCCACAGAUCGCGCGACAGAAUAAGCUUCUCCUCCACCGAGAAGAAAUUCAGCCAGAAACAAUCGCUGUCCGUCCGCCAGGAUACACAGGCCUUGGUACCAGGUUACUGAGGCGCUUCACUGCCCCAGAAUUCAUGAGAUUCGUCAGAGACUGUUCGUUGGGAAAUGGCAAAGGGAAGAUUUCCCGGUCGGAGACCUUUCCCCUGUCACACACACACCAGAGAGUCAGCAGUCAGCCGAGCGUUGACAGCAUCAGCGGCGUGAGGUGCGAAUUUGAGGGCAGUCCGCGUUGUAUCACUAAUAAGAAUUAAUGCGAUUUAACCUGUCAUGUUUUGUACCAUGAGCAAUGCAAGUGUUUGCAGUUGGCUACAUCAUAUGCAAUAUGGUGUGAUCAUGAAUCACUAACAUUUGUGCAGUGUCAUGCCAUGCUUUGAUCAUUUAUAUUUUAAAGAAUUAUCCUUACAGAUGUUAAAGCCUUAUUGCGCUACUAUGACUAUUCUUUCGCACAGGAUGAAUAUAUGUGGUGUGCCUAAUGUCUGCAAUACAUAUCAUAUGCAUACUGCAGUUUGUAUCAUGUAUUGGUUAUAUGCUUUAGUUGAUCAAGCAACGUGAUACACAAUAAAAAUCGAUUGAAACGACCCGUUUUGUCUUUGCUCAACUGUUGUGAAACUAGUGCACUAUAUGAAAAUAGAUAUGUUCAAUUACAUGUACCUGAUCCU